AUGGCCGCGCAUGGAGAUCCGUACAUCAUGUCUCGAGAUCCUUUGGCAUCCGGCAGACUGACGGCUCAGCACUAUCUCCUCUUGAGGCGGCUGGGUUGGCUGCUUCAUCCAGACAUUGCAGUACAAAUCAGAGGCUUCCAUAGGCUCGAGAUUGCAGAUGUUGCCUGUGGCAACGCCAUCUGGUCUCUUGAUAUGGCUGUCGAUUAUCCCCAGGCACAGAUUACUGGUAUCGACAUAUCCCCACAACAGUUUCCCCCACAGUUCACAUGGCCGCAGAACGUGGCACUGGAGAUCCAUGACAUCUUCCAGCCGAUGCCGGACAGAUACAUCGGUCGAUUCGAUGUUGUGCAUGUCCGAUUGAUCAUGGCGGCGGUCUAUUUCCAGGACAAGGACUGGGUUAUGCACAAUAUCGUCAGAUUAUUGAAGCCGGGUGGGUUCAUACAAUGGACGGAUGCCACCGUUCCCGUCCUUCGAGCAAUGAGCGACCCUCUGAGAUAUCCGGGUGCAUUUCGAGAGCCUCCAGCAAUCACGGCUCCUUUGACCAGCCUGUUCUCUCAUACGGAAUGGUUACGACAUCUUGCAGAAGAGCUCCAGCGUCACGGUCUGGUUAAUCUUCGCUAUGUCGAUAUGCAUCCGGCGCCGUGGCUUUCGAGGCAGGAGACAGACAAUGCAAUUUGGGCUUUGACUGACAUCCACGAAGGCCUGAAGGUCAGAGCGGCAAAGGAAGUGUCUGACCUAUUUGGAAGAGCCGUGCAGGAAGCCCUCCAAGACAUCAGGCAGGGCAGAGUCUACUAUACCACGUAUUACACAACAAUUGGUCAGAAGCCUGGGUAG